AUGGAUUUCAUCAAGACCAGUUCCCUGCGUGCUCUGAUUGAGUUAACUUUCCAACGCAACUGGAAUGGCCUCAUUUGGAUGAGUAGAAAAGGAGUUACAACCAAAAGAGUGAAGACUGUCCAGACGGCUCUAUCGAGAACAGCGCCCAAACCGCGCAGUCCGGCUGGCCGAGGAACGAAUGUUCCGCUCGGCCAAAUCUCCGUCCGUCUGAAGUCUCGGCCAAAGUCCAAAACCGUCGGCCGAUCACGCAUCACGACCCGGGAAACAGCCCGCGGUCGGCCACGCCACAACCGCUCACGCCAAUGCCGCGCGAGCCGGGAAACAAGCCUCGCGGCCGCGCAACCUGUCUCGCGUACCACGGCCGAUGCAUGUCCCGCGUCCGGCCGAGAAUUCAUCGGCCAAUCUUCAUCCGUCCGACCACGCGGCCGACCACGAAUCCGUCCGGCCACGACCGUUCCGACUCUGGGCCAUGACCCGAUGUCCGGCCGAUCGUCCCGACCGACCGUCCCAACGCCGCGGUCGACCCGAAGCCCGUUUCAAGCCCAUAUUUUUCAAGCCCGGCUUAACCCUAAGCCGCCUCUAAAGACCUAG